AAAUACCUCCGAGCCGUUUCUCGCCAGCCUGACAAAAGUCGGGCACGGAUGCCAUGGCAGCUGGCUGGCCCGGCCCAGUGAAACAUGGAUGAUCCACCCGAACUCCUUGACACUCAGACAUCCCUGGCUUCAACUCAGUUUGAUAGCUUGAGCGAGGAGAACCCUGAUGGCAUCGAAGACCCCGAAGCCCUUGUGCCAGCCGAAGGCGAGGAGGAGGCGAUCCACGAGGCCUUGUUGAGGGCUUCCUCUCGUGGCGACCUGGAGGUCACGGACGUGAACCUCAGCGGCCGAGCGCAGCGGCGCCUCGCGCGGCACGCGCGCCGCGCGCGGAUCCCCUUGGUCUCCCGUGCGCUGGUGGUGGAGGACGACUUCGUGGACGUAGAGCAGGUCGCCAGCGAGGUUCUCGACGCCGAGCGCGAUCGCCUGCUGCGGCUGGACGUCUCCAGCGACGAGGGCGUGGGUCUGCCGGCGCGGGCUGAGCGGCGCCGUGUGGCGCCGGUGCGGAGCGCGGCGCUGAGCGUCAACACUGGGCGGCAGGUGCGCCUGCAGCGUCCGAAGCGGCGCACCUCCACGCGGCGUGCGCGAGGGAGGCCGAGUGCUUCGCGCAGUGAGGAGGCGCCGCGUGCGCGGGUGUCGAACUUUAGUUGGAGUGCUGCAGGCUUUGAGGGCCAACCAUCUGGGCCCUCCUCCUCAUCGACAGCACGGCCGGAGCCGGAUGAAAGACCCGGCCCAGGGCUGCCAAGCCUGCUUGAAGUGCCCUUGAGUCCAGACAAUGAAAGCCCACCGGCAGAUCGAGAGAACACACUCCCAGACUCCUGGUUCCUGGAGCCAGAUGAUGCCACAGGCUUAACAGCACCUCAUUUCAGUGAACCAGGAGGAGGCCUGGCGGGCUUCUCGUGCAUCUACGUGGAGCCAGUGCGAAGCGGCAUGGAGCCCAGGAGCUGUGGACAAUGCCACUGUCCCUUUGGGCCGGGCGAGCUGAGGCUGGGUUAUACGCCCUGCGGUGUGGCGGCCGACGGGCGUCAAUUCCUGCCUGUGUGGGUCCACGCUUUUGUCUGCACCCGCCGGGCACGCCUGGCCAUUCGCUUUGAUGGGGAGGCUGUGAGCUUCAGCCCGGCAGUUCCCUUGGUGGACCGGAAUCGUUUGGUGGACGAGCUGAAGCAACUGCACCAGUCGCUGACCCAGGGACCCCGCCGCAGCCAGCCACGGCAGCUGUGCAUCCGCCCCUGGCGUUACAUCCCGUCAGUCUUGCAACGCUGGCCAAUCGUGCGCUUGAACGAGCAGGCAGCUGCAAGUUCAUCGGAAGGAUCUCGGCAGAGGCCGGCCUGGCGCUUGCCCUCACCACCGCGAGCGACACAUGGAGGUGAUGUCGCGGAGUUCUUGGAGACCGAGGGCGACCUGGGCGCUCGCCACGUGCAGGAGGUCCUGGCGCAGCUCGUCUCGGGUGGCGUCUCGGGCGUCCCCGUCGUCGCGGCGCCGCGGCCGGAGCUGAUCCCGAACUUCCUGGCGCGGGAGCCGGAGAAUGCGGAUGUCACCCGACUCCUGGCAGAGGUGCCAGUCUUCGCGCUGGAGACCAAAGCAGAGGAGCCCUGUGUGGUCUGCCGCGAGGAGAUUCAAGUUGGACAGCUCUGCCGCCGCCUGCCCUGCUUCCACUUGUUCCACCGCGGUUGCAUCGAUCAGUGGAUUUCCGUCAAGGCAACUUGUCCUUUGGACAACUUGAAGUUGGAGGACAUGCUCUCGCAGCAGCAUUCUUUGGAAGUGGGCGAAGAGCCGGUGAUGAGGCGCAGGUCGCGCUCUCGAUCCCCCUUGCCCCGCACCUGGUCGGAGCCUGGGCCUGAGCCUCGUGCCCGCAGCUCGUGGGAUGUGCGACAUUUACACCGUAGCCGGUGGGAUCCUGAACCUUGGUCGCAGCGGAGGGGCCGCAGUGCGUGGUACUGGAACCAUUGGGAUGCGCCGCCUCCACCGCCGCCCACCCCGCCCCCGGCGUUACCAGCUCGGCCUCCGGGGCCUCCAACAUACCCACCCCCAAUGAUGCCCUCGCAGCCAGCACGGCCCUUUGUGAGUCCCAUGGCACUACAAGGACCACAAGGGGUGGCAAACAUGCCAGGUGGCAUUCCAAAUGUGCCAGCAACCUUGCCCUUCGCAGUGCCUAUGUCAGUGCUCAUGCCGCGGCCAGGUUUCCCACAUGCGCCCCCGCCUGGUGGGUAGGACAGAUCCAUCACCACCUUGCAUCCUUUUGUUCCAGACUUUUGGCAGUCACUCCGUUUCACCAUUUCAACUAGUUUCUCGUUCAGAGGACUUGUGCUUUGAGCCCAACAGCAGGGUUCACAUUGAGAAAGUCUUUAGAAAAACAUGUGCCAGCACCACCCUUUCAGAGUGGUUCUUGGAUGGAACCUGCACAGUCAAGGUUUUUUUUGACCAGCAU